CUCCGUGCGACGUCGCUGAGGAAGAAGCCGCCGUGUCGGACGCGGCAGAUUCGCCAUAAUCCGCCACCUCGCUUUUCUGACCCCCAUUAAAAAUAAUAAUUUCACAAGCAGCGGGGAAGCCAGCGGGGCGCCCAGGUGGCCUAGUCGACUGGGACGAAAGUGCUUUAAAACCCCCACCUUUGCCUUAUUUCACUACCACCUCGUUUCGCGACCGACUAUGGAGGCUCCGGCUGCAGGAAUCAAUUCCAUCUUCAUGUGUAAACUUUGUAACUUAUUUUCACCGAAUCAGUCAGAACUGUUGUCUCAUGUCUCUGAGAAGCAUGCAGAAGAUGGGAUUAAUGUGGAUGACAUUGUUAUUCCUCUCAGACCACUUACAGCACCUACAAAUGCAAGCAAAAGUGGAGAAGAGCUUCUUGUAGUGAAGAGAAAAAGGGGCAGGCCAAAAGGGUCAACUAAGAAGUUCUGUGCAGACGAAGAAUCAGCAGAAAACAAUAACUGCAUUCCAAGCGAGGAAACACAGCAAGGGCCAGAGGAAGGAACAGAAUUGGCUGAAGUUUUACCAGGCAACUUGGAAUGCCGGAAAUGUAGUCGGAAGUUCUCUAACCCACGUCAGCUAAGAAAACACAUCUGCAUCAUUGUUUCAAAUGAAGGAGAGGAAGAAGGAGAUCCAGGUAAUGAUUCUGACGUUGACCUUGACAGGAAGGAAGAUGAGCGAGAAAAAACUCCGAAGAGGCCACGGAUUCAGAAAACUGAGAAAACUCUAUCCACAAAGGAAGGCGACCAGAUUUCAGGAGCUAAAAAUCCUAUUAUAAGCGUGGUUUUGACAGCACAUGAAGCUAUUCCAGGAGCUACAAAAAUUGUUCCAGUUGAGGCUGCUCCCCCAGAAAUUGAAUCAGCAACAAAUCCUGAGACAGCAGUACCAGACACAGCUCAACGAAGAGGGUAUCAAGAAUAUGCCAUUCAACAAACACCAUAUGAGCAGCCAAUGAAAUCAAGCAGGUUAGGUCCUACUCAGCUAAAAAUUUUUACAUGUGAAUACUGCAACAAGGUGUUCAAAUUUAAACACUCUCUUCAGGCCCAUUUGAGGAUUCACACAAACGAAAAGCCUUACAAAUGUUCAUACUGCAACUAUGCCAGUGCUAUAAAAGCCAACCUCAAUGUCCACAUGCGGAAACACACAGGAGAGAAGUUUAGUUGUGAUUACUGUGCAUUCACCUGUCUCAGCAAAGGCCAUCUCAAAGUCCAUAUUGAGAGAGUCCACAAGAAAAUUAAGCAACAUUGCCGCUUCUGCAAAAAGAAAUACUCAGAUGUCAAAAAUCUAAUUAAGCAUAUCAAAGAAACACAUGACCUGCAAGACAAAAAAGUGAAAGAUGUAUUUGAUGAGCUCCGCUUGAUGACCCGAGAAGGGAAGAGACAACUGCUCUAUGACUGCCAUAUUUGCGAACGUAAAUUCAAAAAUGAACUGGAUCGAGAUCGGCACAUGCUAGUCCACGGUGAUGAAAGACCCUUUGCUUGUGAGCUCUGCGGCCAUGGAGCCACAAAGUAUCAAGCACUCGAACUUCAUGUCCGAAAACAUCCAUUUGUGUAUGUAUGUUCUGUGUGUUUGAAGAAAUUUGUCAGUUCUGUAAGGCUCCGUGCACAUAUCAAAGAACUGCAUGGAAAUUUACAAGAGACUUCUGUUUUUAAUAGUUCUAUCAAUCAAAGUUUCUGCCUUCUGGAACCAGGAGGUGAUAUCCAACAGGAAGCACUUGGAGAACAGUUUUCACAGACUGCAGAUGAGUUCACUCCCCUAAGUGCUAAUGCUCUUAGCGUACCAAAGCAAUCUACUUGUAAAGAUGAAUCAAAUACCAUAGAUGGAAACCAUAAUGAUCAGCCUGAUGGUCUUCUGAAAAUUGAGACCGCCCCUUCUUUAGAAUUUGAAAACUCCCCGGUGAAGAAUGUACCAGAAUCACCAUGUCAACCAUCAACAGACCUAGCAGCACCAGACUCUCAAUCAGACCUGGCUUCAGAUAGUUUCUUACUUAAAAAUGCUACCUGUGCUUCCAGUGUGCUAAAGGCUUCUCAUGAAAAUGUACAGGAAGUCAGUCAUGAUAGUUCAGUGAAUAUACAGGGUGAAGAAAUUCAGCUGUUGUCUGGAGGCAAAAACUCUAAUAUAAGUCAGAAAAAUACAGACACUGAGAACCUUUCAGCAUCCAAAGAGAAAGUUCAACCCUUUUGUCUUAAUGAAUUAGAAACUAGCAAGUCACCAAAUCAAAACACAGAUGAGUCCACAAACCCUCCUACAGCAUUAGAUUCCAAUACAGCCAUCAGUCCACAGCUGGACUCUCAUAAUAUGGCUUCUGAUAAUCGAAGUGGAGCUGUUGCCUUUAUGCAGAUAUUGGACAGUUUACAAAAGAGACAAAUGAACACAGGCUUGUGUGAGAAGAUCAGGAAGGUUUAUGGAGACUUGGAAUGUGAAUACUGUGGCAAGUUGUUUUGGUACCAGGUGCAUUAUGACAUGCAUGUUCGUACCCACACUCGAGAGCAUUUGUAUUACUGUUCCCAAUGCAAUUACUCCUCCAUCACCAAAAACUGCCUUAAGCGUCAUGUCAUUCAGAAGCACAGUAACAUUUUGCUGAAAUGUCCCACCGAAGACUGUGACUACUCCACUCCAGAUAAAUACAAGCUCCAGGCACAUCUUAAAGUUCACACAGAGCUGGUAAGUACAAACGAAAUA